AUGACGUCUCCACUUCUAUAUAAUCAAAGCUAAUAAAGGCUUGGAGAAAAUCAUAAAAAAUUAAAGUUUGAUGAAAGAGCAUCUAUUCUCAAUCAGCACAAUAAAUUUUAGACAAAAUAAGUAUAAAAAUCUGGCUUCUUCACAUUUGAGAUCUAGUAAAAUGAAGUUUUAAACGAAUAAGCAUAAAUAUUUGAUAACUGCUACAGUUUAAACAAUAGUAAAUCACUUAGUGGCCUUGGAAAUUAGUUAACUGAUUAUCAAACAAGCGAUAAUUUAACCAUUAGUUAAAGAAUGGAAUAAAUCUCUGACAUUGGCUAUCUUGAGUCUAAAUGCUAUAGCGAUAUAUCUUAAUCUGAUAUAUCAAUAUUUGCAUAGUCAAUUAAAAAUUUUGAACAGAAGCCUUAAAUUUUCAAAAUAUCCUAGAUAUAUUCAGACUUUAUUAAAUAUAACACUGUCAGGUCUUAUGGACAUAUUAUUGGAAGGGUAGUCAAAGACUAUCUCGUCAUAUAAAAAAAUAUUCUAGAAUAAAAGCCUCUUGAAUCUGAGGCUAAAUUUAUCGUGAAUGAAAAAAUCUAAGAAUUCGCUAAGAAUACUAGCACCUUUAUCGAGUCAUUCAAGUUUCAACAGCAGAGUAUCUAUUAGAAAUACGCAUUGAAUGCUAAAUUUUAUAUCGGGGAGCUAAUCAAUACAGACACUUAAUGGGUAAACUAUAUAUUCAAACUAUUCUGUGAGAUAGCAUGCUUUAUUAUCAAGAACAUCCUCGAAACAAAGAACUUUCUUAAGUAUUUAUUUCUUAGAUUAGCUUCGAAAAAAGCCUUAGCUAUCUAGAUUGCUCAGCUCAUUGAAAACAAGAAUUUUACCAAUAUGGACUACUAAUGUAUAAAAGCCAUACUUUAGAACAAGGACAAAUAUCAUUGCUUCCAGUUUCCAGAUAGCAAUAGUGUUAUUGUGACAUACAAGUUUAUUGAUUAUGUUUUGAGAAAACUUAUUGAUGAGGAUAGACUAGAAAGUAUUAUUAUUGCAGAAAAUAUACUGAAGGAAUUCAAAAUAAAUACAGUAGUAAAUCAAAGCAGCAUACUUAUAAAAUAACUCCAUUCUAUCUUACCUAGUGGACUGUUCAUCUUUAAUCCAGAACUAAGUAGUUUUAAUAAGAUCGAAAUAAAAAAUUUCCCAGAGCUAAAGCAAGUUUAGCUUAAGGGAUUCGGGAAGAAAUAUGAGCCAGACUAAAUUGUAGGGCUUGAGGAUUACCCGCACAUAAAGCUUGCUCUUAAUGAAAUUACAAAUCAGUUGAUUGAGUUCUACUAGGAUCAUAAACUUAAGAAAUAGCAUAGAUACCCAGGAAUCAUAGAAAUUAUUUUCUAAGGAAUGAGAGUUACAAGCUAAAGGAAUAUGUUUAGAUACUAGCUGCUUGAUUUGAUGCAUCAAGAAUUAUCUGAUUACGAAAGAUAUCAUAAAUAAACAUCUGGAAUGUAGCAUCAUCUUCAAUAUUGA